GCUGAUUGGCUGCAUUAACGUUCGGCCAGCUGCUCCAGCUGCAGCUAUAUCUGUCUCUCUCCCUCUCCCUCCCCCUCUUUCUCUCUCUCUGCCUCCCUGAAUCUUCACUCUUCUCAGUUGUUGUGGCCAGCUCUGAGAGGCAGGGAGCUUUAAUUCAGAGUUUCAGCCACCUGUGACCGCGGACAUUCUCUCUACGCCACUAACACGGACGUCACUACCCAACAUAGUGGAGCGACCCCACUCAAUGUGGCUUUACACAGGAACCAAGAGAGAUCUGUAGCAGAUGCCAAUGUGAGGAAACAUCGCUUCUCUCCUCCGUGCACGCGUGUGGAUGUACUGGGCUGAAUUUUCAUCAUGCCGGGCCUAAUCAACAAGAGCAAGCGGAGCGGUCUGCCUCUCAGUGUCUCUGACAUCACUUCCUGUGUCAGAGGUUACACCCUGGCAAUGACAGCCUCUCUGACAUAUGAAAACAUUGAGGAUCACCCUAUUGAGGGAAUCUUUAUAUACCCCCUGGAAGAGUGCAGCGUGGUGGUCGGGUUAGAGGCAAUGAUUGGCAGCCAGAUAAUAAGCGUCCAGGUCAAAGACAAAACCAAAAUCGAUGACUGUUACUUUGAUUGCUGUCAUGUCGAGGAAGUCCCGCAGAGCGGAGGCGGUCAUGUAGUUUUGGAUGAGGAUCAGGAGAGGACAGUACUGGUGGUCAAUUUAGGGGUCAUUCCACCUUUGGAGACUAUAAAUAUACUAGUCAGUACCUCCUCAGAGCUGUGUACACUUCCUAAUGGUGGGAUUCUGGUAACGUCACCACCCGUAUGCUCUCCACGCGUCCAACGGUCUGUCAAAGAAGAGCAGGCGUUUUCCCCCAGCACUGCUAGGAGGAGGGAUAAACAUCAUUGUUCACCUGGAACCCAUGAGCAGACCACCUUGGGUGUGUUGCUGUCUUCUCUGUUGGAGGAGGAGACCAUCAACUCCAUCGACUAUGCAUUUAACUUCCAGCUGGAGAUCAGAGGACCGUAUCUACUGGCAGGUGUGGAGAGUCCCUCCCAUGCCAUCCGGGCAGAUGCUGACCCAUUGGCCCGUUCCGCAUCCAGCAUUGUGGUCACACUGGCGGACAAAUACACUUACGACUGCCCCGUGGAGAUACUCAUCUACCCCAGUGAGCCUCAUCUACCGCACAUUCUCAUCGAGGAUGGAGACAUGACACCAGAGGAAUACGACGAACAUCUGAAGGGAAGGAGCGACUACAUUAAAGCCACGAAGAAGGACUGCAGUAAUGAGAAAAUAGUGGACAUCAUACGGAAAAGACUCCAUAAGGACAUUCUCCACAACCCUGUGGUCAUGCUGAACUUCUGCCCUUACCUGUGCCCCACGACCUCUGACCUGAGGAGCAUCCAGGGGGAGUUCAUCUUUCUCAUUGACCGCAGUGGCAGCAUGAGCGGGGUCAACAUCAGUCGAGUAAAGGAUGCAAUGGUUGUGAUUCUGAAAAGUCUUUUCCCAGCAUGCUUAUUCAAUAUCGUGGGCUUUGGGUCCAAGUUCAAAACUCUGUUUGCCACCAGUCAGAGUUACGAUGAGGAGACUUUAGCUUUGGCCUGUGAACAUGUGAAGAAGAUUCGUGCUGAUAUGGGCGGCACAAACCUACUGGCUCCGCUCAACUGGAUCCUGCGGCAGCCCAUGCAGAAGGGUCACCCUCGCCUGCUGUUCCUGCUGACGGACGGAGCCAUCGGUAACACCGGGAAGGUCAUCGAGUUGCUCCGUAGCCAUGCCCGAUUCACCAGGUGUUACACAUUUGGCAUCGGUCAGGGCGCAUGCAGAAGGCUGGUGUUAGGACUGUCUACUGUUUCCAGAGGAACUGCUGAGUUCCUGGCAGAAGGGGAAAGACUGCAGCCCAAGAUGAUAAAGUCUCUGAAGAAAACCAUGACAUCAGUUUUGACUGAUAUCUCAAUCGAGUGGCUGUAUCCAGAGACAAAGGAAAUCUUGCUUUCUCCGGUGGGGGCGACAUGUCUGUUUCCCGGUGACCGCUUGAUUGGAUACAGCGUGAUCUGUGAUACCUCCAAAUAUCACUCCAACCCCAAAUCUGACAAGCGAAGGCGAUACAGCAUGAUGCGUUCCAACGAGUCGACCAGUUCUGUGUUCUACCACUCUCAAGAGGAGGAUGCUGGGAAGGUUUCGUCUGAUAGUCAGGGGUCACACCGAGAGAACCAGGUCGCCUCAGUGUUUGACAGUUGCCAGGAUACCAUGUCUGAGAGCAGCUCGGUCGCCACGGAGCAAGACGCCAUGGGAUGUGACAUGGCCACCUCCCCGAGAAGACGUGCAUACAGCACCAAUCAGAUUGUAGAUUACAACCCCGCGAAGAAGGUGUACACUCCCAGCGACCCCAGCUCGGCGGUGGGCAAGAACCCUCUUAGAAGAGCGAAGGUCCAAGAGCUCAUCGGUCAGACUGAUCAAUGGAAAAUAGACUACCAGCCUCAGUUGGCCAGCCUGUGUGCGACAUCCUCAAGAGCCCGACCUGUGCCUUGUCACAAACCUCCACAACAAGAGGGGCUCCCGGGAGAAUCUAAGACAGAUCAGGCACCGUCUGGCCCCUCUGCGCAGGGGAUAACCCCGCGUACUGCUGUGGAGGACGGAUCCAGAUCUUCAACAGACAGUCCAUCUCUAGGCAGCACUGGUGAUGCAGAUGGCUACACACAUCAGCUUUGCGAAGUCGAAACGCCGCAGGAUCCUCAAGCUCCAGAAUUUAAAGCCGCUCGAUGGAAGGGAGACUGCAAAGCGGUCGUGUCAGGACUGCUGUGUGGAAAACCUGUGAAAUGGGAGGUGACCUUUGACAUUCAGCCGUACCUCAAAGGCCGAGAACGUGAGGAGAAGGUACACGAAGACCUGUGGAACGAAACCUUCCAUCAUCUGGCAGGACGUUCAAUUAUUCAAGACUUUGAACACAUGGCGGAUAAAGAAUGUGAGAUUGAGAAUGGUUCUGGCAGAAGGUACCAGCUUUAUGCCAUUCACACUAGUAAAGCCUGCAACAUCUUGAGCAAAUACACAGCGUUUGUGCCCAUCGAUCUGGACAGUAAUGAAUAUUUACCCACCGGUGUCGAGUACAGCCACCCUGUUUGUUUGUCUCCAGGGGAGGAUCAUAAACGCAGUUCACACUGCAGUUCUCGCUGUGGCAGCAGGAAGAAUCGUGGUUACUCUGUGGGUCUGGCUCGAUCACAGUCGGGCGGUUUACCCGAGCAAGACGAUGUAGCAUUACCCUGCAGUUUGGAGGAUGGAGCUCAUUCCCCUUGCAAAACAUCUUCAUCCUCCAGUGGGGACCGAUGUAGCGUCACUGAAGCCUCUCAACGGACUCCAUCGGUGACCUCUGACACCUCGCAGAGAUCCACAGAAAGUCUUUUCUCAGCCAGUAAGCUGAGUCUGACCAGGACGCGACUCCUGACCAAAGCUGCCAGAGGCUUCAUGAGCCGAUCGCAGAUCAAAACCAUGGGAGAAAGCGAGAAUGACAACAGAGACUACAUCCCUCUGGUUACGUUGCAGAUGUCCUGUGGUGCGUUUAGGCUAGACGACGCCUUGUGUGAAGCCAUCAACGUGCCCAUGGACAAGCUAAAGUGGACAUCUCCAUUCGCCAGCCACAGAAUUAGCCUGACCCACCCCUCUCACUCCAGCUCACGGCGCUCCGAAAGCCUGGAAGUCCACCGAGGCUCCUCUCCCCCGCCAAAAGACUCAGACUUCAACUCCGAAUGCGAGGAGCCUCUUUCACGCACGUCUUCAUCCUCAUUCCAGUCUCGAAGCCAUCGCACGGAGAGUUGCGGGUCACCGCUGCUAGGCGGGUUUUCUUCAACCAAAGCCUCGAUGUCACCCAUUAACUCUUUCUAUGAUAGUGGCCGAGGGUCUGAGUCAGAAAUCGCAGAGCUGCCCCUGUCUGGUUCCCCGGGGGGCCUGCAAAGGAGCAUGCAUGACCCCGAAGGGAUGGUGUGGGCAACUGCUGUCGCUCUGGCCUGGCUGGAGCACAGCUCAGCGAGUUACUUUAUCGAAUGGGAGCUGAUCGCCGCUAAGGCCAGCAUGUGGUUAGAUGAACAGAUCGUCCCAGAGGGCCGAGACCUGGCAUCGGUUAAAGCGGGAGCCAAUCAGCUGUUCAUUAUCCUCAGACACUGGGACGAGAACCUGCAACUUAACAUGCUCUGUUAUAAUCCGAGCAGUAUGUAAGCUCUGGGUAGAGAGUUUCCUUUAAACUAUGCUAAAAAAAGUUUUCUGUUUUAUUUACUUAAGUUUAUGUAUAUUUUCUGUGUCUUAAUUUAGUUUUUGUAAACUGCACCUUGUCAUCUACAUGUACAGCAAGAAGCACUGCGCAAGUAUGCAAAUGCAGAUACAAAUUGCAACUGUGCUGUCGAAAAUGUUUAACGUACGUUCUUGCAUCAAGUGGAGGUAACACGCUUCGGUACUCAACAAGGAGAUACCUUCAGAUGUCUGUGCCAUGAAUUAUAUUGCCGUUUAAGUUCAAAUGAAUGAAAUGUACACAAAGAAUAGUAUAAUUGAGGUGCUAUAGCACCCCUUGUGGCAACGGUCAGAAUGCAACGCUAAUAAACUAAAAGGGUUGUGCUGUGUUCACACCCAAAUUGAAUUGAAGUAUUUGCGCGAUUAAAUUACAUAAAAAGUCAAUGCAGAGAUGCGAAUCGAUGCAAACUCGCGCCAGGCGACGUGAAUGAAGCGCAUUGGUCGGCGUGAUUGCCGCGAACGCUCUUCAAACACAUCUUCCGCGCAAGUUGAAAAAUUUCAACUCGAGUGAGAAAUUCCCGCGAAGAGCUCAUUUGUUUGACACGUCCGGACGUGUGAAUACACUCCCCGUCGCGCAAUGUUUUUCACGCCAAUUGCCCGAAUAUAACGAACUAAUCCCACGAGUAAUAAAGAGCGAGGAAUGCGAUGCUUCGCGUUUGGUGUGAACACAGCAUUACUGUUUAAGUUUUUGCGUAGAGAUCGUUCUGACCUAGCACCCAGAAAAUUGCAUGUCUUUGCUAUUUUUGUCUCUUAAAUAGAAAGAUUGUUCGUAUUGUCUCCAAAAAAUAAUAUUUUUGUGCAUAUCAUGUAGGAAACUGUCUUGUUGCUGCUUUGUAAGAUUUUGUACAAAAAAAUACAAAUGAAGCCUAGUUAGUAUUGUUCUUUAGUUGAAGACGUGGUUGACUUCUAUAUUUGUAUUUGGCAUUUGGCAGCUCAGGCUUUUGAAGCUAUCAGAAGAUCCAGUGACUUGAUUUACCAUCAUUAUAAGAUGCAGUUACACGUGUAACAUUGUAACCAUCAUGCAAUGUACAUUUGUUUGCCUUUAUCGCUCAUAAAAAGAUGUCGAAUCGUCACUGGAAUGACACUUUCCUUUGAUGCAAACACUGCUGUCCAGCAUUAAGUGCCUAACUUUGCGGAAAUCUCUGGACUGUUGAAAAGAACGUUAUACUGUUACUGCAGUGCGUAACUGAAUCGUUCGUUGUUCUUGCUGAUUCUAUUUAUUGCCGUGUAUGUAUUAUUACAGUAUUUUCUUGAUGUCAAUUUGUUAAAUGCACAUAAAUAUAUUAGAAUGAAGAAAUCAGUAGCUAUAAAUAUAUCUGUUAUCUGUUUCUGUAUAUCUGUUUAAAAAAGUAACUUGAAAGAGACCACACAGAAGCUAGAGUUAUUUCUUAUUAUCCCACACAUAUUAUUUUAUUGUAUAUUUUAUUUCUCAGGUAUUGCUAUUGAGUACAUUGACUUUUGGAGUAACUGUUGCAUGAGCAAAUGCUUUGUGGAAAGACUAAUUUCUCUGGUUUCAUUUUGAGGUUUUCUUCUAAAUAAACCUGCUUGUGAAGGUAGCAGCUUUUCAUUGUGUUUCGUUUUGAGAUCAAUUGUACUGUGUACUUAAGUGUCGAACCCAAGUUGUUCGUACAUGCUAGUGCAGUGCCUGACUGUAAAUGCAUGUAAUAAAAUGUAUUGUUGAAAGAAA